AUACCCUUGACGAUGUUUCCUUGAUUAUAACGGGGUCGGCGUCGGCGUUACUGGAACUUGAGCUAUGAGGAUCAAAAUAUUGGGCCGAGCCUCAAGUGAGGUAUGAUGGAGCAAUUCCAUUGAAGAGUACUCCAGAAAAUGUUUUCACCAACACGCUUCAAUCGAGCGCUGCUAAUGACUGGAACGUCAUAUGGCACCCACAUUCCUCGUUGCCGCCCCUUGUACAAUGAUGAUGGUAUCUGUGCACUUUGCCACAUGUCUUCCAAGAAGAAAACCACUGAUCAUGGGCAACAUCUUCUGCAAUUCUCGUUCAGGCCACUUCUUCGUUUGCUAUGCAUCUCCUUUGGAGGCUGUCCCUUCUACCCGCCGGAUUUCUCCUGAGCUGCAUCUUUACAAAUGUUGCCGCCAUCCCAAGAUACAGACCAAUCCAACGGUCAUGCGGCGCCCCUGAACCAUCAGAUAACCUCACAGAUACUCACAGAUGGUUGCAGCAGAAUGAGCCUCAAGAAAACGACCUUUGGAAUUCGUCGAGUGUGCAGCAACGUUAUGCGUCCCAUCAUCAGCGUCGACAAGCAGUCACCCCAUUAUACACCAUCGAUACAUACAUGCAUGUUGUGGCCGACGAUUCCAGCUCCGAUCCAUCGUCCUCGAACUACGUGACCAACGCCAUGAUCAUCAACCAGUUCAACUAUCUCGCGGAAGCAUACACGAACGCAUCCAUCGGCUUUCAUCUGGGGGGCGUCGAUCGCACCACCAACGAUACCUGGGCGGCCAACGGCGAUGACUUGUCCAUGAAAACCACCCUUCGUCGCGGCACGUACUCGUCACUAAACAUCUACUUCCAAUCCAUGCUCCAAGCUAGCCCUGAUCAGACCGGUAUUCCAGCUGGUUCUACACUACUCGGAUUUUGCAGCCUGCCCGAAGGUGGCAUCACUUCCACCACGCCGCCCUCAUCUUAUGUUCUCGACGGCUGCAAUAUACUGAGUGGAACCAUGCCCGGUGGCGAUGUCGGCUCGUAUAACCUCGGCGGCACGACGGCUCAUGAAGUCGGCCACUGGAAUGGGCUCUUACACCCGUUUCAAGAUAACACUUGUUCUGUCGACGACUACGGGGACUACGUCGCGGAUACACCGCAGGAAAUGACCAGCACAAGCGGGUGUCCCGCGUAUAAGGACUCGUGUCCGGACAGCGGUGUGCCGGAGGGGUAUACUGGGGCUACUGGGCAGGGGAGCGAUCCAUAUGGACCGCAAGGGUAUUCAGGUCCGGACCCGAUUCAUAACUUCAUGGACUACAGUGAUGAUGUUUGUUAUACGGGGUUCACGCCGGGGCAGGGGGCCAGAAUGUUGAACAUUUGGGAGAUUUAUAGGGAGGGGCUGUAACGUCUCUUAUUUGAAGAGUGUGCUUCGAGCACUGUUGAAUGUAUGUUUCUCAUCUUAUGGCGAAGUCGUUGAUUAUAGAGUUAGGUGUACUAGUUAUAGACUUGGUAUGAUGCUUGUCUUUGUCCCAGACACCGCCACCGGAUGUGCCAUGCUAUAAAAUGCAAUCUGCUUUGUGGAAAAUGGGUUUGCCGACUCCUAUCUCUGAACCACCAAGAUGCCAAAAUGUGGCGUUUCCUGAUAUCCGUCCCAGAAAUCCAACCCGACGUCGUAC